CUGCGUGGUCAGUGAUGAUGGUCGGUUGGCAUAAAACCGCAGACCACACCUCCACCACAACGUAUGAUUGGACUUACGCAGAUCCUCUCCUGUCAUUUAUCAAUAAGGGGAGAGGCGCCUCUUCCUUUAGCGGACCCGUUCUGCUUCAAUCAUCGGACUGGAGCGCUCAACUUCACCAACAGCGCCGCACUCUGCACUGGGUCAGGUCUUUCAUAGCGCCAUCACCUCAGUUACGCACUUGAAGAUGAUCCGAGGAUUGCUGUUGGUGGUGUUUUUUCUCGUCAUGGAACCCCCUUUUUCUCUGUCCAAUUGUAUAGAAGUAGACAGCCAGAGAUCAAGUUCCGAUGACACACCGAGUUUUCGGAACCCAACGCGGGAGCUAUUGAAGCGGUAUAACGACAUAGACUACGACAGCUUCGUGGGUUUAAUGGGGCGUAGAAGCACUGAUGCCGAAGAAAUGCCAGCUCCACUCAAAAGAGAAAUGCACGACAUUUUUGUGGGACUCAUGGGACGCAGAAGUACUGACACAGGUGCCGGGCGUCCCUGGAGAAAGGACUAUCCCGGAACAAGAAGCAUCUUCAACAAAUGCAAGCUGAGGUUUCGGCGUGGGUUAUAGUCGUGCCUGCACCGCCGGGAGAAUCAUCCAUCACACUUAAGACUACAUCUUUUCAAGACAUGCUUUCCUGUAAAAAAGACAAAUUAUUUCUUCUACAGAAACACUGCAAUGGCAUACCUUUAUAUGUAAUUAAGAGAAAGAUGAUUUAUACAUUGACACAUGGGCGAGGUUUACUGUGACAAACCACCUAGUUUGUAUAUUUGCAGAUAUGAUCUUCAAUUAUGUUUGCCUUCAAUUUGUUAUAUUUUAUGUAUGGCUGUAGUGAUUUAUUUCUCUCUGACUUAUUCUGAAUUGACCUAUUUUUUGUAAAUAAACACUAUUUAA